GAGGCAGAGCAGCAGAGAGUGUGGGGUUGGAGCAGCCUGGAAUUGGGUAUGGUGAGCAGCUGGGGAGAACAAGGAGGGAAACUGGGCAGAGAGCCCAGCGCAGGGAGAUGCCAUCAGCCAAUAGGCCUCACAGGCCAGAAUUUGGGGGGAGGAUCAUAACCCCGACUGGGGGCUGACACUGGGAAGAAGGGUCCUGCCACCCAGAGACUGAAGGUAAGUUGCCACCACCAGACCAAGUGUCUGCACCCACAGCAUCCCUGAAGAACAAGGACCUACAAGGAAUGGACUAUGAACUGCCCUUGCAUUCCUGGACUCUGUUUGUGAUAUCCCCUGCCACAGAGCAGGGUUAUGGGUUUUACUUCAACCUUUCCCAUUUUCCCUUAUUCUUUUUAAAAAUUGUUUGCUGUUUAAUACAUUGUAUUUGUUCAGCCUUUGAACUGUAGGUUAUGAUCAGUGGGUUAGGGAAAUGUCUAGUGCAGGGAGAGCACCCUGGAGUGGGAACACCCUAGCCCCUGUCCUAAGUGACUACAACAAGGUUAGAGAUUGAGUUCCCCAGGAAUUCUGGGCCCAGCCUUGUUUAGGUUAUGAGUACUCUGGAAGGGUUGCCCUUCAGGUCAGGGAGAUGUCUCAGUAAAAGUAGUAGAAGUGGGGACUCAGAUCUUUCUUUAGCCCAUUUCACUUGCGUAAAGUAGAAGCCAGGAAAGUUCCUCUCAAAUAGCAAAACUAUUCCCCCACUCAAUAUAUUUCAAGACUCCUGUUGUAUUAAAUGCUUUUCUUGUGUUACCUCAUCUGUUGACAUCAUAAAGAGCUGCUGGUCACUCAUGCAGUCAUUUCACUGCCUCUAACACUUGGAGGCAGAGUGUUUGCCCUGUAGUCAAGAGGCAGAGCAACUUUCGGAUAUAGGGAAUGGAAGUGACCAGGUACCAAUUCUCCAGGACAACCAAUAACUCUGAGGAAAGCUCUGCCUGACUGAGGAGGAGGUGGCUCCACAUGCUGCUGCCUUUCCUUCUCCUGUCCCCUGGAGCCAAGACAGGCACUGCACCAGGAAGCUCUAUUUUGGAGCUGCCCUCACCUCUCCCACUGGCCCCAAUCACCAGUCAAUAGGAGAUGAAGAGGACAGUGCCUGCAAGCAAGGCUGAGCAGAGCCACUCAUUCCUCUCCCCACCGUCCAAUCGAAACUGCCCCAGGGUUCUAGCUCAUUUCAGUAAUGUACAGCUAGUGCUGGACGAGAUGCCAAACUUCCCCGAGGAGCUCCAAGGGGCAAAGAAAGGGAUUCUGUAUCUCACACAGUACAAAAUGAUAUUCCAGCACAAGGACAAGGGCUCCACCACUAUCCGUUUUCCACUUCAGCUCCUGGGGGACUGUGUGAUAGGGGAGGAGCUGAACUCCAGACAACAAUAUAUCAAAGGGACUUCUACUUCCAGUCAAGGUGUUCUCACCUUUAAAUUCAUCUUCUUGUAUGGAGCCACUGAUUGCCUGAAUAUGAUCCAAACCCUGUCUUCAGAAGAUAUAUUAAGAGAGGCUGCUAAUCUCCAGGAUUAUCCAACAGCCUCAAUCUACACCUAUGCUCAUCCAUCAGCACCUCGAGCUUCCCGUUCGCUUAGCACACUUCCGCAUUGGCCACCCCCCUAUCCUGGCCCACCAGAGUUACCCCCACCAUACUCCGAAGUGGAGUCAACAAGCCCAAGAGAGAGGCAGGAGGGCUGCUGCCGCUGCAGGGCUCUGAGAACCCAAGAACAGACAGACAGGCAGAAUUGAGGAGCCAGCCCAGAAAUGUUGCAUGGAGCUGGGGACAUGCACCUCUGGGGACUAUUAAAUUAGAAGUGAGAUUGCUGGGUUUGGAUGGCUUUUCAGUCAGAAAUCGCUAUUCAAACCGGCAGGAUGAAGGAACAUAGGUAUCAAGCAAUUCCUUAGUGCUCACCAUUUUAGAGCACACAGUGUGUAUAAGAGGUGAUCAUAGACUAAGGUGUUACAGUACUGGACUGGAAGACAGAUCUGAUUCUAAUCCCAGCUGUGCCUUGGAUAAGUCACUGUCUCUAUGUGCCUCAGUGUUCCCAUCAAUAAAAUGGAGAUAAUGGAAGCAACUGCAGAGGAGGACUGCAAGAAUCAAUCGUAUGUAAAUUCCAUUGAGAGUCUAAAAGAAAACACCAGGGGUUCUCAAAUUUCAUUGCACCAUGAGCCCCUUCUGACAACGAAAAUUACAUGAGCCCAGGAGACGAAACCAAAGCCUGAGCUUGCCCAAUCCUCACUGUCCUGGGCGGGGGUGGGGCCAAAGCUGAAGCCCAAGGGCUUCAGCCCCAGGCAAAAGGCCUAUAACCUCAGCCUUGCAACCCAGGGCUGAAGCCCUCAAACUUUAGCUUCAACUCUGGGCUCUGAAGCUUGGGCUUCAGCCCCAGACUCCAGUAAGUCUAACACCAGCCCUGCUGAUCCCAUUAAAACAGAGUCAGGACCCACUUCGAAGUCCCAACCCAUGAUUUGAGAAUUGCUGCACUUGAGAAAUGCCAGGCACCAUUACUUCAAUUUUUAGUUGCUUAUAAAUGAACAUGCUUUGAGGGGAACUGAUGGUGGCAUACUGUUAUAUGUGCUUUGGAACUCUGAUGCCCACAACAUGCCAUCAACAGAACCUCUUCUACCUUAUGAGAUACUUACAAUACACUGAACCCUCUGACAACCAAUCACUCCAGGGACCAGCAAAAAUAAAUUUGCAUUGCAGAGUAAGGGCCAGAUUUUCCAGUCUGCAAAGGACACUUCACUAUUCACUUGUAAGUGACACAAGGCAGCCAAAGAUGGCCAAUGGAGGAUUACCCCCGUGAAGGUUAACCCUCCGCUGGUGUAUAAUAAGGAGGCUGCCCUGCUGCCUCCCGUAUCAGCUGUUGCCCCCAGAGUCCCAGCACAUAGGAACUUAGGGUAUAUGGAAUAGACAGUGUGUGGUCAGGAGGCUCCACUACACCCAGUUUUUUCUACCAGUAUAAAUGAGGGCUGUCCCAUGGUCAGAGAGAUAGGUGUUUAAAUAAAGAUUGAACAAAAUGAUGUGAUAAGCCUUAGGCAUAUCAUGAAAAGGUCCCUACAGACAGGCAGUAGUCUGUUGGUUGUUUUCAUUAUGAUUUUUCCUUAGAUACUGGUUUCAGACAUCAGAUUGAAAGCCCUGGAGAAGGAAGCCCUCUAUGCACCACAUAAGCACAGAAGAGUCAGAGACCAUGAAGUCUUUCCCAUUAUUCCACAUUGUAUGCUUGACCUGGAGAGAUCACCUCGAGGGGCAGAAGGGGCAUUGCUAACUCACACAUGGAGAUUACAGAACGGCCCUCAAUUAUUCUGUGUUAGUUCAGUAUCCACAGUGUGUCUACCGCUAAUGGCAGCUGUAUAGGGGACAUGGACACUGGCACCAGAAAGGAGAGGCCUCUGAGUGCCCAUCAGCCAGGAGCGACUCUUAAACACUAAUCAUUCUUGGCCAACUAGCAAGUGCCGGGUGAUGAUCUUCACUGCUGUCAGAGAACCCUCUGCCUCAGGAACAAUGUGCUUGUUUGAAAUCUGAGAUAGAAUAUAUGGGAAGCUGACUGCUGAUUGGCUGCUAUGGGGAGGGAAUGGAUUUAUAAUUGUUUAGAGAGGGUUGAAAACUUCUGUAAUAUUUUGCUGCUUUUCCUAAUACCAUUACAGCCCUCUCCAUAGCAACCAGCUAAGACACCACAGACUUUGUUCCCGGCCUGAGAGGUUAGGUAUGAGAACUAGAAUUGUUCAGGCAGAGCACAGCAGUGUGGAAAGUUAAGAUAAUGAAAAUAUUAACAGUGCUGGCCAUGCUUGCAAAAGGAUAAAAUAUACAAGAAAAUUAAAUGAUGAACAGGGGGGAAAAAUCAUUUCAGUGAUAUUUAGUUGGCAGAACAAUUUAGAAGAUUAAAUGUAAAGAUCAAUAGACACAAAACGUAUCAAACUUCAUAGCCAUGAGGCUGGCCACUACAGCAGGGAGAGAACUCAAAUUCUCCUGCUCCAUGAUUAGCUUUUGUUUGAGCCAAAGGAGACACUAUAUUACAUGACAUCAUUGCAGGAUCUACAAUGCAAAGUGGACAUUUCUGAUUCCAGACUACGGUGCGCUAGUCAGCUCAUUAUAGGAUUUGUCUAUUUUUUAAUCAAGAUCAAUAAAUUGAUAUUAAUAAAAAAACCUAGCUCUUAGCUACUUAUGAAAACAUUAGGUAUUUGCUUUACAAUGGAUUUCAUUAUCCCUGUUUUGCAGAUGUGGAAACUGAGGUGAUAUGACUUUUGCCAAGGUCACCUAUCAAGCCAUGUGCAGAGCUGGGAGUAGAAUCCAGAUAUUAAGUCUCAGACUCUUAGCUCUAUUUUGCUGCCUCUCUCAGUUAAACACUGAUUUUGUCUGAGGGCAGACAGGCUAAUGCUUUAUAUUCCAAAGUAGGAGCUGGCCCUGGUUUCUCAACGGGAGAGCUGCAAAUAAAGCUGGGAUUAAGAACUGGUGCCAGGGUAUUGUCACAACAGUAACUUACAUUUAUCAUGGAAAACCAAACACAAAACCAAUUUCAGGUUUCUACAAUCUCUGAUCCUCGCUCAUGCACCUAUCUAGCUUGCCUUUCCAAUGCUGUAAUUACUGUGAAUGUGGGGGGUCUGAAAAAAUGUCAUACUGUAGAAAAAUUGGCAUUAGAUAUUCUUGUUUAAAACAAUCAUGGCAAACCUCAAAUGACAUUCCUCCCCCUCAGCAACCCCCAAACCGCUACAGAAGUAUCAAGCAGUGCACAGAUGACACCAACCAUUUAAAAAUGAUAGCACACCCCCUUUUCUCCCUGUUCAUAUGGAAGUCCUGGUGCCACCUGAACUGUUGUGGCAGAACAAAUCCUCUAGAACAUUGUGAUGCCACUUCAAGGCUAGGGCUAGAAUUUGUGAUGGAAAUAUGGAGUCAUUUGGUCCAUGACUUCCUCAGAUACAUGUCCACUUUGCAGAAAGGAGGAGCUAAGUUUAAUAUUCAAAUUCCUCUAACAUGGAUAUUAUACAGCAGGCACUGAGGCAGACUGGGGAAAGUGGGGGUGAACAGCAGUUGGGCUGAAUGGGUCAUGUCUCACCUCUGUGGACUUUCUGUGUAGCAAAUGGUUAUGCAGAUCCCCUCCCACUCUUCAAAGAAGGAAGUGUGGGGUUUCCCUCUACUCCCUGUUGCUGUCUCCAGUGCUCCUUGCUGCUCAUUAGUUACCCCCUUCCCCCUUCUCCCCAUGGCAAUUUAUUGCUCAAAAACUUUAUAAAGGAUGACGGGCAGUACCACAUACCCUUCCAGGAUGUCAAGAGCACUUCUGAAAAGCAGAGACAGGAAAUA